GUUACUAUUAUUUUUAUUCAGUUUAUAGUGAAUUUGCUGCAAUUGUGCAAUUUUCUUUUUGUUAGAUCUCUAUAGAAUCAAGGGUAUGAGUUCCUAUAAAUAAUGGUAGAAAUGUCUGGCUAAUAUAAUGGAUGUCCUCUAUCUGUUUGUAUUUUUGCCUGCAUAACUAGGUGGGAUUCUUCUUCUUCUUCUUCUUCUUCAGCCAAAUCUGUCGCUUCUUCUUUGUUUUCUGCAUAAAUAGACAAAAAUGAAUGCUGAAUUAUUGCUCGAUCUGCCAGCUCUGUUGAUUUUGUUUGUUGUUGAGGUUAAAAUGUAAAAUUGAAAUCUGAUGAGUCUCCUUCUUCUCCUUUGAUGUGAACUUCUUCUCUUUGCUGAAUUGUUGCUGAGUAGUGAAAAUUCUGCGUUUGAUUUGGCCUGAAUCUAGAAAAUUGGAGGCUCCUGGAGUCGUUGAUGAUCAUUGAUUUGGCUGUGGUUACUGUUCUAAGGUCGUAUAAUGAGACUGAAAUUAUCACAAUUGCAGGUGAUGAUGUUAUUGUUAAAUAAGCAUUGGAUGCAGCUGAUGAGUUUCAACAGGGACGAAUUCUAUUACCGGCCCACAGAGCCGUUAGGAUGGUGGGCCGGCGACAUUAUAUUGGGCGGAAGGGAUGAGCUCGGCGGUGGCACAUGGUUGGGCUCCACCAGAGAUGGAACGGUGGCUUUCCUCACCAAUUUUAGGGAAGUUGAAAGCCUUCUGGAACCCAAGACCAGGGGAGACUUGACCAUCCGAUUCCUUCAGAGUAAGAAGAGUCCUCAGGAGUUUGCAGAGAAAAUUGUUGAAGAGGCACAUGUAUAUAAUGGCUUCAAUCUAGUUUGUAUUGAUAUUUGCAGCUUCAAUCUAGGCUGCUCAGAAAGGUAUAAUGAGUGUAUGGGACAAAGCUGAUAUCAUAAAGUGUAUAGGACUCAAUUGGAGGAUUAGUCUUAGCAUGAGUGAUCCAGAUCUUGUUCCACUUCUUAUCCAGGUUCUUUAAUCCAUUUUCUUUCACUUUAUUUUUAUUCUUUUUAAUUAUAUUAAUUAUAGACCAAGCUUAGCUGGUAAGGAUGACCAGGGGGUAAAACGCAUGAACCUGAUUGCUCGUGCUGCUGAGUCAAUUGCUGAUGGGGAUCUAGUGAAUGUACAGAUUCGAAGAUAUCGACAGUGGGGAU